AUGAGCGGACUACUGAGUAGCGACGAGUUCUUCACCCAGCUCGCUACGCUCCUCGAGAAGACGCAGCAGAAAGGCCAUGGAUCCGUGUUUUUGACGCAAAAGAGAUUAUCUCACGACACAGCGGCGAAGAGUCCACCGCCUGGAACGAAGGUAGCAGACGACUCGCUAUGGGACCUGAACCCUCCGAACCCUUUACCGAUCCUCAUACGAGCCACAGACGGUGACAGCCAGAGUAAAGACAAGGUCAAGAACAAGAACAAGGUCAAAAUCAGUACAGUCGUACAGCCGGAUGAUAUCGAAGCGUUCUUCGCAAGAUACGCCGAGGUGUGCAAGGCAGGAAUGCAGAGUCUGAAGAAGCGAGACCGGAGCAAGCGAAAGAAGGACAAGAGCAAGAAGAAGAAGGCGGGAGACGACAAGAAGUGA